AGACUCCGCCUCCCGUCGUCCUGCUGGCUUUUUAGCUUGUUACCAGGCAGACACACUUUCCAACAUGGCAGCGUCAAGCAACGCAGAGCAAACGCAGUUGCAGGACAUGGAGGAGGAAGAUGCGGGGAUGGAGGAGAGAGAGAUGGAGUCGGACGGAGAGGAGGAGGAGGGCAUGGGGGUAGAAGAUUCAGACGACGAGGAGGACGAUUCGUCCGAGGACGAGAAAGAAAACGAAGCCGAAAUCCAGCGUUUGGAGGAGCAGCUGUCGAUCAAUGCUUUCGACUACAACUGCCAUGUGGAUCUUAUCAAGCUACUUAAGCAGGAGGGGGAACUUUUCCGUCUGCGAAAGGCAAGGCAGAAGAUGAGUGAGCUUUUUCCUCUCACUGAAGAAAUCUGGCUGGACUGGCUCAAGGAUGAGAUCCGUCUGACUGAGGAGGAGCCAAACCGAGAGAAAGUAUACGAGCUGUUUGAGAGAGCUGUGAAAGACUAUAUCUGUCCAGAUAUCUGGCUGGAAUACGCCCAGUACUCUAUUGGUGGCAUGGGCUCAUCAGGUGGGAUAGACAGAGUGAGAGCCAUCUUUGAGAGAGCUGUGACAGCUGUGGGGCUUCACAUGACCAAGGGACAGACGGUGUGGGAGGCAUACAGGGAGUUUGAGAACGCCAUUCUGUCCACAGUGCAGCCGCCUCCUGGCAGGAUUCCCAGCCACGAGGAGCAGAAGCUGCUGAACACUCAGCUAGAGCGAAUCCAUACACUGUUUCGCCGCCAGCUGGCCGUCCCCUUAAUGGACAUGGAAGCCACGUAUGGAGAGUACGAGGAGUGGUCUGAACAUGGGGUUUCUGAGACGGUCAUACACCAGUACAAAAAGGCUUUACUGCAGAUGGAGAAAUGCAAAUCUUUUGAAGAGUCACUGAUGGUAGCAGAACCUCCUAAGUUGGCAGAAUAUCAGGGCUACAUCGACUUUGAGCUAAAGGAGGGCGACCCUGCACGCAUCCAGAUAACCUUUGAGCGGACUCUGGCGGAGAACUGUCUGGUACCAGAUAUGUGGGCAAAAUACACGACCUAUCUUGAUCGUCAGCUGAAGAUUAAAGAUUUGGUUCUCUCCACUCAUGAACGUGCCGUCAGAAACUGCCCCUGGACCAUGGGUCUGUGGAAGAGCUACCUGUUAGCUCUGGAGAGACAUGGAGCUGACCAUCAGACUGUGUCAGAUGUUUUUGAGAAGGCGCUGAAUGCUGGUUUCAUUCAAGCGACAGAUUAUGUGGAAAUUUGGCAGGCGUACCUCGAUUACUUGAGGAGACGUGUGGAUUUCAGUAGAGAAUCAAGUAAAGAGUUGGAAGAGUUGCGAGGAGCCUUCUCUCGAUCUCUGGACUACAUGAAGCAAGACGUUGAAGAAAGGUUUGGCGAAAGUGGAGAUCCUUCUUGUAUCAUAAUGCAGAUCUGGGCAAGGAUAGAGGCCCUUCACUGCAAGAAUAUGCAAAAAGCCAGAGAACUGUGGGAUAAUAUCAUGACAAAAGGGAACGCCAAAUUUGCUAACAUGUGGCUGGAGUACUAUAACCUCGAAAGGUCUUAUGGAGACCCCAUUCACUGUCGAAAAGCUCUCCACAGAGCAGUUCAGUGCACCUCAGACUACCCAGAGCAUGUGUGUGAAGUCCUGCUCACCUUUGAGAGAGUGGAAGGUUCUCUGGAGGACUGGGACGCAGCAGUGCAGAAGACGGAGACCCGGCUGAACAGGAUUAAUGAGCAACGAGCAAAAGCGGCAGAGAAAGAAGCCAACCUGGCUCGCCAAGAGGAGGAGAGAGCCGAGCAGCGGCGGAAAGCCAAGUCAGACAAGAAGACCCAGAAGAAGUUCCAGAAGGGAACUCGAGCUGGAGAGAAGAGGAAAGCAGAACAAGAUGACUAUCAGGAUGAAUGGAAUGAAGACUCCGCUGCGAAAAGACACCGAGGAAACAGUGAUCACACCACAGAUGAGUACAUGGAGACGGAGACCGGACUUUUUGGGAGAAACGCUCCACCUGGGUAUAAGCCCGGUCCACCUGGCAACAAAAAAGUGCAGCAAGCAGCGGCAGCUACUGCCCAGAAGCAGAAUGAUGAUAAUCCAGAGCUUCGAAAUGACAAUACCAGCGUGUUCAUCAGCAACCUGGCUUACACCCUGGAGGAGCCAGAGUCAAAGCUCAGGACGCUGUUUGAGACCUGUGGUCCAGUCACACAGAUUCGCCCAGUCUUCAGCAAUAAGGGAACCUUCAAAGGCUACUGCUAUGUACAGUUUGAGUCGCCAGUGUCGGUCCCUGAAGCUCUGAAGCUGGACAGACGGGAGGUGGAGGGCAGGCCCAUGUUUGUGUCACCUUGUGUAGACAAAAACAAAAAUCCAGACUUUAAGGUGUUUAAGUACAACACGUCAAUGGAGAAACACAAAAUCUUCAUCUCUGGACUGCCGUUCUCAUGCACUAAAGAGCAACUGGAGGAGCUCUGCAAAAGCCACGGCACCAUCAGAGAGGUCCGUCUGGUCACGUAUCGCUCAGGAAAACCCAAGGGGCUGGCAUAUGUUGAGUUUGCAGAUGAAACCCAGGCCUCUCAGGCAGUGCUGAGAAUGGAUGGCAUGGAUGUAGAAGGCAACAAGAUCUCUGUUGCUAUUAGCAACCCUCCUCGCAGAAAAACGAUGGAUAAACCUGGUACCAGCGACAUGAUGCCUCGCCAGGUCUACGGAUCGAGAGGCAGAGGACGCACCGGGCUCUCUUUGCUCCCUCGUUCCCUACACCGACAGAGUGCGCCUGUUGGCAAAGUUGAGAACGGGACUGCAGCUGAGCAAGUGACGGCCAGCAGCACAGCGAAUGCAGCCGGAGAGCCGAAACCUUUGUCAAAUUCAGACUUUGCCAAAAUGCUUCUCAACAAGUGAGGAGACGAGCAGGAGGAUUAUGACCGCCUUCAUACUGAAAGCCAUCUUGUGUCCUUACAAAUUAGUGUUGGUGAUUCUUCUGUAAUUGGUUACCUGAUGUCCCUUUAAUCUCAGUCAUGCUCUUCAUCGUCCGUUCUGCAGAUUUGCCUUAAUCGCUGUGCUCCUGCCCUCCCGAAACCUUUCCGACCCCGAUUUUUCACCAGUGAGCCAGAUUGUUUUUGUUGGGUGUGUUUAAAAGUGGCUGCCUGGCUGUUUUAUAUUUUAAAACAAAUAAGUGUAUCAUGUUUGUGUGUAAAUAUACUGUAUCUAAAAUUGUAAGCCUCAUGUUCAAAGGUCUCUUUUUUUUCUUUCUUUUUUGUUGUUAUUGUGCUCCGUUAAAGGGAUCUGACAGAAGUAUACGUGAGAGUAUUUUUUUAAAUGUUCAAAACAGCCAAACUUGUGAAUGUUGUUUUAAAAAGGCAUAUGCAAAAAGUUCAGAUAUGGUGUAGUAUAGUUGGUGUGUGUACAUACGUUGGAUGUGAUAGUGAUAUGAAAAGACAUUCUCCGGGUGUUUUUAGGGAGACACGGACUUUUGUUGUGUAACGUAUUUUGACCUCUGAGGACACAGCUAACAAGACUAGCUGUUUUUUUUCCCUGACUGUAUAGUAACUAAUCCAUAAUUUUUGCAUCUCUGAGUUACUAUCUGCUAUUAAUCCUCGGUAUUACGAUGCUGUGGUGAACCCUUAAAGGUUCCAUCGUGUCGGUUAACCAGCUUAUACUUUGAGGGUUUUGUAUUACAGUAGAAAAGCUGCCCUCAUGCUUCAGUUCCAGUGUUUACAGACCUGUUCUAAUUAUACCGUCUUAUGAUUUAUCUGAUUUCGUGCAUCACUUGUAACUGUUACCAUCACCUGUCUGUUCAGGGGAAGAACAUCCGUAAGCAAAUUAGUCAUGUUUUAGGCAUCAGUCUGAUUCACAUGCUGUGGACUGAAAAGACACUUAAUGGGAAAUGAAUCAUCCUCCUUUCACCCCGUUACAUUUAAAGAGUGCACAUGUGAGCAGGAUGCUGGUGAUGCUGAAGAACUGCAUCUUACUGGUUGCUUUGGUGGCUGGAAAGACACACAAGACUCAUGUCUGCGUUCUGGUUUGGUUUAUGACAAAUGUUAUAAGUGUCUUGCGCUGUCAGUUAUCAGAAAUAAGAGGAAAACCAUUCUUGCAUAUUGUAUUUUUGGUGUCUCAAAUGAGAGAAUAGAUUCAUUUUCUUACAUUAUCGAAGGUAUUUUGUUUUAAACCGUUUAUACAACAAAACGGUGACAAGCAGUCUUCUAAUUCUCAAGCAAACUAUUGAGAAAAAAAAGAAAAAUAUACAAUCUAGUUAUUACCUGCAGCCCUGCAAUAGCCCACUGACGUAAGCGAAAACAUUAGUUUAAGGUGUCAAAGAUAGAACACAACUGUAAGUGCACUGUAAAAUAAUCCAUUGAUUAAUAUGGCCAACUGUGUUUUGGACCUUGUUUUCGGCUUAGUCGGUUUCACUCCUUUACUGAAGUUGUGUUAGAUGCUCUUCUGUGUAUUCUACUAAAAGGCUUCUAUAGAGAUAUUUAUUAGAUAUAUCAUCUACACAUAUUAUUUAGGACCGCAGCUCCUUGGACACAAUAGAAGAGAAUCUAUGCAGUUUACCCACGUUAAGGAUCCACAAGUCGUCCAUCAGUCCAGUUGUCUUGUUUGAAUAUUAUUGGUUCUGUUAGUGUACAUAAUGUUCAGUAUACAAAAUUUUAAAAAGGUCACCAUAGUUUGUAAUAAAUUAAAUUUUCAAAACAGAUGAAAUACAAGCUGUAUGUACUGCUCUCACCACAGUGGCCUAAUCUUAAAAAGAAAAAAAAAAUCUAAAUAUGUUGGUCGGUAGAAGUCACCUUCUGUUUUCAUUGUUUAAUGUCCAAUAAUAAGAAGUUAUAUUGUGCGCAUUGCUGUUGUUUUGUAUAAUUUCUAUAGUCAAUAUUUAAAAUCUAGAGGUAAAUAAUAAAAGGCUAUUUUUUUCAACUGUAGUAUUUAUUUUCCUGUGUUUUUGAUUAUCUACCCUUUUCUACCCUUGUGUUUUUGGGUCCUGUACAAAAAUUAAGAAUAAAGUCAUGUAAUGUUUUUGCUUUGUUACCUGGUCUAAACCUUGUUUUAAUAAAGUCAUGUAAAUCAUC